AUGGCUUCUGAUUCCGCGGCCACUACUCGUCGCGUAUGGUCUGGGCUGGAGGAUGAAAAGCUCCUUUCUCUUGUGCAAAAUAUAAGUGAUGAACGAGGCGGAAACUGGAGUGACAUUUCGAGGAACCUUCCGGGACGAUCGAGUAAGGACUGUCGAAAGCGCUGGUUUCACUCGCUAGAUCCUGCCUUGCGAAAGGGUCGCUGGUCGAAAGAGGAGGAUGAGAUGUUGCUUGCGGCUCAUAGGCGGCUAGGGCCCGCCUGGAAGGAUAUCGCGCUUCUCAUCGAUGGCCGAAAGGACGAUCAGUGUGCGAAGAGAUACAAUGACAUUCUCAACCCAGCCGCGAGAAAUAGGCUUAAAAAUUGGUCGGCGGAGGAAGACCAGUACUUGGCUGCGAAGGUCCAGGAAAUUGGACACAAAUGGGCUGCUAUUUCCGCUGGACUUCCAGGGCGCCCUCCCUUGACAUGUCGGAACCGGUGGAGGAGACUUUCCAAAGAGUUGUCCAGGAUAUCUGACUCAACUUCUACUCCUACUCCUAACGAGCCUCAUCGUUCGACCGCACCGGCAACAAUUCCAGCAGCGGCCUCAAGAUCCAACUCAAUCAGCUUUCCAAUUUAUACGUCUUAUACAAUGGCGUCGGAUCUGUCAAGAAACACCCAGAGCUUUGGGUUGCCUUCUGCCGAUCUAUCUUUGGACCUACCAGAAACCACUAUUCAAAUGCCCAUAUACGGCAUAGACGACUUGAGUGUCCACAGCACAUCCGCGUAUGGAAUGGACAGCAUGAGCAUUCAUAGCACUCAAACCUCCAACGGACCAAGUCUAGAUAUACCAGAUUACUCCUUUUCACGCGGUCGCCAGGAUCAAUUCUGGGAAUCUGCCAUAGAGGGCCCUUCUUUUGCACUAGCCGAUCGCAAUUACGAGUCUGAGCCAAACAUGUUGACGGAUAACUACAACCCCAGGUCCAUGUUUCAGCGAAACCUCAUGCAUAAUCGCCGUCAGUAUCCUUGGAUUCCGCCUUCGGGAAAUAACUUGGAUAAUAUUGCUUCUCUCGAUCUAGCGAAUACUCAAACUCAGUAUCCCCCGUUUGAGAUACCGGGGUUCGUUAUUCCAGAGCUUGAUGAAGAAACACAACCCGCCAUGGAACAAGCUGCUGUUCAUCAGGUGUUAUCUUCUCCUUCGGAGUCUGUUGGUCCUGGUGGUUCUUUGGCUGGGGCUGGCGGCUCGGGAGAUGUUCAGCAUCAUCACCAUUUUCAUCACCAUCAUUAUCAUCAUCACUAUCACCAUUAA